GCAAAUUGGAGUUUAUUUAGGUCAAAUGAGGAUGCCAGUGAUAGUGCAUAUGUUUCUCUUUAAAAAAGAAGGAUUGGGAAAUACUAGAUGAGUGAGAAUGGAGCUGGGGAGGAAGACAGCUAAAGAUGUUGACAUAACUAAAUUAGUUGAAGAAGCUGAGGAUUUGCCACCUACCAAAUUCAAAAGAAAACAACUAUUGUAGCCUAUAGGUGCAAAGAAUUAGCUUCAUUGUGGUGACUUGAUUUUGUUAAUUGUUCUGACAUACUUUUAUAGCGAUGUUUAUGUAUCACCAAGAUCAUUGAUGAUUCUUUAGUUUUAUUCCACAAAGCACUGUGCAAUAGAACUGCAUCCAGUACUGAUCUUAUUUUUGCCUUGUUGGAAGGAUGGAGCACUAUUCUACGUUCAAGAUUAGGUCAGCCCAAUUAAGAGUUACAACACUGAUUAACUGUAUCAGAAAUGUUAGUUCUCAGACUCCCUCUGAGAAACCUUAGUGAUAAGACUCACAAAAGUAGGUAGAAGGUCUCUGUCUAGUAACAACAGGUAGAUUGAACAGACACUGAGCUGAUCUCAUAUGUCUGCUUACAAGAAUAAAUAAAGUGUUGUUUGAGUGAAAAUCACAAAUCUCUGCCUGGUAACUAAAAGUGAGAGUUCAUUAGGGGAUCAUCCUUUUUUAUGUAAUAUUUUCUCCAUUGUCAAUGCUUCAACGAAAACGACUCCAAACUUUUUAAUUACACAUAAUCAAUACAUAACAAAUAUUAACAUGGUGAUGAGAGAAUUUAAUGUAGACAUUACAAAAAUGCUUAUAAACGAGUUAUUGUUUAUUAAUCUUUGUUUAUUUUUGUAACUCUAAUCAUUCAACAAAUCUGGUUAUUGCAUCUUUUGUCAGACAAAAUUUCUGCCUACAAAAAUUGUUUAUCUCCCUUUUUAAUACUGACUCCACCCGGAAGUUCCAGUCAAAACUUAACCACCUUGAUAUUGUCAAAUGAGGGUGGUUAAUAUGAAAUUUCACAUUCUUGUUCUUUUAUUUAAUGUAAUAUUGUUAAAUGUUAAAUUUAAAAAAAAUUGUGCCUAACAAGAAGUGUUACAUUGGAGGAAUACUUUUUUCAUCUUACGGUAGUCAAGAUUUUCAAGCUCAAUUUUCACCAGUGUCGUUUUUUUUUUUUUUUGCUCAUUAUGUUUUAUUCCGACUAUUCUGUCUUUUGGCUUAUUUUUUCCCUCCCAUAAAAAGUCACGUGCUAACUGGGUCCAUGCCCAUAUUCUGAAAAUCUCCUACCGCGUGACAGGAAGUCGUCAUUGAAUUUCAGUGCGGAAGUGGUCGUCAUCGUAAGAGCUUGUGAGUUGGAGGCUGAGCUGAGAAAUGUGAGGAAACGGCCGCAGCUUUGGCAAUAGAACAACUUGUGCUUCGGAUGAUUGAAUGAAAGAAGGUGUCUCCACUAACGAUCGUUUGAAACCUAAAAAUGUCGUGGAUACGAGAAGGUGAAUUAAAUCUGCUGGAAAAGAUUUCUGCUAAUAUUCUCAUGGCAGGACCGAUGCCCAAACACGUGGCCUUCAUUAUGGAUGGUAAUCGACGUUUUGCACGUAAGAAAAAGCUGGAACGCCAUGAUGGCCAUAUGCAGGGAUUCAACAAGCUGGCAGAGACCUUACGUUGGUGCAAACACCUCAACAUCCCAGAAGUGACAGUGUACGCCUUCAGCAUUGAGAACUUCAAACGCUCUAAAGAGGAGGUGGAUGGUCUGCUGGAUCUUGCCAGACAGAAGUUCGAGAGGCUGUUGGAAGAACAGGAAAAUCUGGAAAAACAUGGUGUUUGUAUCCGGGUGCUGGGUGACUUGAAUAUGCUGCCGUUAGACCUUCAACAAGUUAUUGCCAAAGCUGUGGUAAUGACAAAGAACCACAAUAAAUGUUUUCUCAACGUGUGCUUUGCCUAUACGUCAAGAUAUGAAAUCACCAAUGCGGUCAGGGAAAUGGCUUGGGGAGUGGAGCAGGGCCUGAUCAAAGCAAGCGAUGUUUCGGAGGCGUUGCUAAGCGAGUGCCUGUACAGCAAUAACUCUCCCAAUCCUGAUUUGCUCAUCCGCACCUCAGGAGAGGUGCGCCUCAGCGACUUUCUCCUGUGGCAGACAUCCCAUUCCUGCCUAGUGUUUCAGUCGGUUCUGUGGCCAGAAUACUCCUUCUGGAACCUGUGUGAAGCUAUAGUCCAGUACCAGUUAAAUCAUAAAUCCAUCCAGAAAGCCAGAGAGCUCCAUCGAGAAGAACAGGCCCUCCAGCAGCUGGAGGCAGAUUGUGCCUGCAUAGCAGAGCACCUGCAGCAUCAGGGGAACGGAAAGCCAGCCGAUGCCCAAAGAAGACAAGAGGCACUGCAGCACUACACUGUCACCCGGGAAGAGCGAGUUCAGGACUUCCUGCAAGCACUGAAGCACAAGAGAGACACUUUCUUUACUAACUUAUGCAGUGAAACCGUCCUAACCUAGGAAAGUUUUAAGGAACUAAUCUACAGGUGUAGUAGGAAUAAAACACCUCCAGUCGUUUUCCCAAAAUCACUUCCGAGGAGCAAGGAAGCACAAACAGCGAUUGGAGGUGGUUUUAUGUCGUUGCUGAUUUGUAUAAAACAAGAGGACAAUGUUUACCCCUAUGGGGCUGUAGACUAAUGGUUAUAUAUUUAUGAUUGUAGAUUUGCAAAAAUCUAACAUGCGGAAAUGUCUGGUCAAGAUGUAGUAAAAUAGUUGUGCAAACUGUCUGUGAAAUGCAUGUCGAUUGAAAAGUCAAAGGUGAGUGAAAGCCACUGUUCUCUCCAGCACCUAAUGCAGUUCGGUAUUUUUGUUGCUGAAAGUGUUGUUUGUCGAGUGUGUUUUUUAAAGACAACUAUAUUUUGACCAGCUUUCUCAAACAAUAAAUUGAGAACUAUA